AAACAUUAUUUUAAGUGACUAAAUUAAAGUAUUUGGAAAGUGUAGGUAGGUUCUCAUAGAAAUAGAAAAGUAUAACUGUAUAAGCAUAAAUUGCAUAUAUUGCAUAUUAGAGAUGGAGAAAGCGGUGAGAGCGUACGCGGAGGUUCUUCGGCUGGUUCGGCGUUUACCGAAGGAGAGUCGGGGUUAUUAUGCGAAGUACGCCCGCGAGAAUUUCGUGAAUUACCGUGAAGUGGAUCCUGCUGAUUCCACCACUCUUGAUGACCUCUUUCAACGCACCUAUAAUCAUUCUCUCUGGGUCCUUUCUAAGUAUUCCGUCGAUAAAUCUGCCGCGGAUAAGUUGAAGGGGAUCUGCUGCUGCACUUAAUCUAAUGCAAAUGCAAUGCCGCCCAACUGUUUGUUGUUUUUCCCCACUCAACUCAAUGAAAGGCAACGCUUUUGUGUUUGUUUGUUUGUUUGCCCUGAUUCAUAAUCAUACAUUCAUACCUAUGCUAUGCUAUUGAUACCAUUUUCUUUUUCUAA